UGCUAGUCUUGCUAGAAGGACUUCGCGUCGUUGAUUUGGAUGGAUCUUGCUGUAGUGAAAGUAUUUUUCAGAAGAAAAAUAAUUAUUUGAUGCUGAUUGCAUGCAACCAUGAUGAUAUUAAGCAGAAAACCAGAUGGCCCCGUAACUGCAGCUCGCCACGGGGAUGGUCUGUAUGACUCCUACAUGCGCACUGAUCACAUAGUGAACCAGGACGCUGAUGUGAAUGGACAGAGUCCCUCAGGACUGCCCCCUCUCCCCAAACACACUGGUGUCAUCAAGCCUACAAUGAAGGAUCACCAAGCAAUCCGGGGAGGACAGAUGAAGGUGAAGUAUGUUUACGAGGACUCCUACAACCGCAAACUCAAUGGUGUGAGCCAGCACAAUGGCACAAGCCAAGUACCAGCAAAGCCCCCACCUGCAAUUUCCAAAGAGAGAAGCGUGGACAGCAACAGCUCUGUGAAAUCCUCAGAGAGCUCAACAAAAGUCACAAAGCUGGGCAGCCCAAUGACCCCAGAACAAGCUCUCAAGCAACACCGGCAGCAAAUGACUACCUUGGAGCAGCAGGAGAUCCACAACUAUUCUGAGAUCUACUUCCUGGGACCAAAUGCCAAGAAAAGGCAGGCAGUAGCAGGCGGCACUAACAACAGUGGAUAUGAUGAUGACCAGGGGGGAUACAUCCACGUACCUCAUGACCACCUUGCCUAUCGCUAUGAGUUCCUCAAGGUGAUUGGCAAAGGUAGUUUUGGACAAGUGGCAAAGGUUUACGACCACAAGUUGCAGCAGCAUGUCGCCCUGAAGAUUGUGCGCAAUGAGAAGCGCUUCCAUCGGCAAGCUGCUGAGGAGAUCCGAAUUCUGGAGCACCUGAAGAAGCAAGACAAGACAGGCAGCAUGAACGUAGUUCACAUGUUGGAAAAUUUUACCUUCCGCAAUCACAUAUGCAUGACUUUUGAGCUGCUCAGUAUGAAUCUGUACGAGCUCAUCAAACGCAACAAGUUCCAGGGUUUCAGUCUUCCGCUGGUACGCAAGUUUGCGCACUCUAUUCUCCAAUGCUUGGAAGCUCUCCAUCGCCAUAAGAUCAUCCACUGUGACCUAAAACCAGAGAAUAUCUUGCUGAAGCAGCAAGGCAGAAGUGGGAUAAAAGUCAUCGACUUUGGUUCCAGCUGUUUUGAUCACCAGCGUGUUUACACGUACAUUCAAUCUCGGUUCUACCGAGCACCUGAAGUCAUCUUGGGAUCGCGAUAUGGUAUGCCUAUAGACAUGUGGAGCUUUGGUUGCAUUCUGGCAGAGCUUCUUACCGGAUACCCAUUGUUUCCGGGUGAGGAUGAAGGCGACCAGCUGGCUUGCAUGAUGGAGCUAUUGGGUAUGCCACCUUCGAAACUCCUGGAACAAGCCAAGCGUGCCAAGAACUUCAUCAGCUCCAAAGGCCAUCCACGCUACUGCACAGUUAGCACACUUAGCAAUGGCACUAUAGUUCUCAAUGGGAGCCGUUCUCGCAGAGGAAAAAUGCGAGGUGCCCCUGGGAGCAAGGAAUGGGGAACGGCCCUCAAGGGCUGUGAGGAUGCCACAUUCAUUGACUUUCUGAAGAAAUGUCUGGAUUGGGACCCUAGUACUCGUAUGACACCAGUUCAGGCUUUAAGACAUCCAUGGCUCUACAAGAGACUGCCCAAGCCUGCACCUGGUGGUGAGAAGACUGUGCUACCCAAACGGAUCUCAGAGCACAGCACCUCCUUUCCUACCAUCAUCUCCAAGGUACCCCCCGUCAUGGGCUCAACCAACAACAAACUGCGGACCACCAUGAUGGGGGACUCCACUGGAAGUAUACCUUUUCGCACAGUGCUGCCGAAGCUUGUUUCAUAGAGAUUCCUUAGCUUUUCAGGGAUAAAGACAUAUUUGUAGCAGUUUAUAGAAGUGGAUUUUUUUUUUUGUGUUGGUUGGUUCAUUUUCUAAAAGAGUGUCAACUCACCAUUUGGAUUUUCAAUGAAGUGUAACAAACAAACAAUUUUUUACAAAUAUACUGUUUUUAUCAAA